CUUGACACAAACCUCGAAAUGGCUCGCGGGGAAUCGUGGGACGCGACCGAGGACGUCCAGCUCACGAGGUCAUGGGUCGCAAUUUCGUCUACUGGCGCUGCGCUGAAGGCCUCAGACUUGAACCAGCGUGUGUACGAGCAUUGGCUCGAGCACAAGACCUCCAACAUUCACGGCGACCGCACCCCUCCCGCCAUCACGUCUCGGUGGAAGAAGCUGUGUCCCGUCUUGACCUGUUUCAACGGCGCCGUCAUUAACGCGCUAAAGUCCAUCCCGUCCGGAUCCAAUGAAGAAGGCGUGAUCGACAACGAAAUGCAAGCCAUCCCCGAUGCCAAACUCAACGGCUUCGAGCGCACGACCGUCCUUACUUGUUGGCGACUCGUUCGUGAUGCGCCAAAGUGGCGCGUAGAGCAGGACGUGCGUGGAGGAAAGAAGCGCAACGCGAUGGACAUGGCAACUGAGAAAACGAAACGCAUCAAAGGCCACAAGGAAAUCAAGGCCGACAGGCGGGAGCCGCAACGGCAUCUUGUGCGCGAGGCUGCAACGACGGGGCGUAAGCGGAAGGUUUCAGAUGAUGCGGCACCAAGUAGCGAGGACGACGACAAGCUAUCGCCGUCCAACAAGAAAGACGGAGCCAUCGCGUGGAAAGUGGUAGCCACUGCGGUCGCCGACUUGACAGCAAUGAUGAAGGCAUCACACAAGUACAAGCGCGAGGAAAUACAGGUACAGAAGCAGGCCAAUGCGCUAGCUUUGCGCCAGAUUGAGCUCGACGAGCAACGAUAUCGUGUGGACAAGGCAGAGCGGGACGCACGCGUUGCUCUAGAACGGCGCGAACGUCAGACGCAACUCGAGUUUAUGCAAAGCACCGUAGAACUGCUGCGCACGCUUACUAAAAAGACGUAGACUUGCCUGGUCUAUCUUGUUUAUCAGUGUCAAUCAUUGAUCUGAUAGUACCCCCGUACUAAUUGGAAUAUGUCGACAGUUGCCCCAGGACACACGUCGGGUCCUCCAUGUUCACAAAUCUGUGAUGGUAGCAAUUUCCUGUGAACAAUUCCGGAAAUUGUUUUGCUUACAGUAAAACUACUUCGAAG